CGAAGAGAAUCAGACACUCGCUCAGAUGUACCAGAAGAUCCAUUCGGAAAUGGAUGGUAUUCUGGGCAAGCUAAACAGAAAGUCGCAACCGACAUACGAAGAAUUAUCCACCUGGAAGAAGCUAUUUGUAUCUGCUUGUUAUCAUUCCCUGAUCGAAGCCAACAUCCGUUUCCUGGCAGUCAGCAUGAACUACUCUUAUUAUCCUAUCGGGAAAUCUGUGGCCUGUGAUUUCGGUUCAAGAGUUGCCCCCGUCGCCAAGGAUUGCCUUGAUUCCCGCAUCACCAAGGAAAUGAAGUCCCAACUGUCCAAGAUCAUGAGAGAAGGCAUGGACAAGGCACUUCCGCUAAUCAACUCCGAGUUCAACUACUGCAUGAGCAUCGUCCGCAGGGAAGCUCACAGCCGAACUGCUUUCUUUGGCAUUGCGCUCAAAGGUUACACCCCUCUUCCUGCCCUUCGACGAACAGAAGAAGAAGCGAGGGUAGUUGGGAAUGAAGGGGGGGGAAGAGUCGAGGGGAAGGACGGGAUAGCGGAGGUAAUCGGGGAGGUUGCCAAAAACUUGCUUCCUAAUGUAUCUGAACCAAGGGCCAGGCCCCCUGUCUGCAAGUUCCUCGAGUUGGAGAGAGAUGAUUGCUCCUUCAGCGAGCGUGGCGAAGAAAUCCUUGAAGUGCGCAGCAACCGGAUAAGCCAGGAAAGGUGCGGUUGGGUAGGCAUAUGGGUGUCGAAGUGGGUUGGGGUUGUGGAGCUGACGGUGGCUUCAGUGGAAGGAAGGCGGCGCUUUGCAGAGUUGCGUGCUUGCUUCCCGCUAUCAAUCAGCGAGAGAUCGUCGAGUCGAUCAAAUAUGGCGGAGCCAAAGCCAUGGCUUGACAUGCCAGGCCUCCGCCGUAUGAGCUGGAGGAAGAUGGGCGCCAUUGGCGGGGCUUUGGCCCUAGCGGGGGUUGUGCUCGGGGCCCUGCUUCUUCUCGGCCUGCCCGUGCUCCUCAUUGGCGGUUUGUUGCUUCUCCUUACGUCUCCUUGCACAUUCGCCGUAGGCUGCUGCAUCGCCCCGCUCUGGAUCCCUCUGCUUCUUUUCGUCGGUAUCCCGGCGCUGAUCUUCUUCGUCACCACGGGCGGCAUCAUGCUGCUCCUCACAGUGUUGGCAGGCUUGACGGGUGCGGCUGGGUGGUGGAUCUACCGUUACAACCGGGGUCCGAUGCCCCCGGGGGGCGAUGCGAUGCAGAGAGUUCUSGACCGUGUGAGAGGACGAUCCAGGGAAGUGACGGAGAGGAUCUCGAAGGUUGGACAGCAAGCGGCAUCUGCUGCAGCAUGAAGCCAUCGCCUUGUAAUCGGACAGAUUAAUAAGCGAUCGAAGAAGAAAAAAACACCAAUGUCCGGCGUCGUGAAUCGCUAAGCAGAAACCGUUCGUCUCACCGGUCAGGAUUGGUUGAUUGAAUGACUGAUUGAUUCGCCGAUUGAAGAACAGAUGCGCGAUUGGGUACCACCCCGCCGAGCCUCGCAGGUUGGUCGACUUGAGAUCUGUUGUUGGCUUCGACUCAGAUCGUUGUCGGUGAUGUGUGAGUGUGUACGACACAUAUGGCCUCGCAGGUUGGUUGACUGAUUGAUUUGUCGAUUGAAGAAGAGCAGAUGCGCGAUGGGGAACACCGCUGAGCCUCGCAGGUUGGUCGACUGAAGAUCUUUUGUUUGCUUCGACUCAGAUCGUUGUCGGUCAGGUAGCGAUGGGUGCACGGAAAAAAAAAAAACGAAAACGAUUGAAUUGAAAGCGUGUACGACACACGUGGCUGUGGGGAGAAGACGAUGUGAUCUUGAGGUGGGUUAUUGAAGAUACGUCUGUUGACAUCCACUCGGAUCUUUGUUGGUCGUGUACGGAUGGAUGGGUUUACGAUCGGCGAAACCCACCGAGGGUUUCCUGAGGACGUGCGAUAUGGCUGAGGGGACAACACGAUGGCAUCUGGAGUCGGGUCUUCUAGUGUACUAGCGAGGUGGUCUUCAGCCGGUCAAUGACCGAAGAUCAUGGAGACGAUGAUGGGAAUCGCGAGAGGUCCUUUCUCUCAAGAUUCUCAAGAUUCAUUACCGUUUCGUGCAUCAAGAACGGGGGUUAGUGGAUAUAGGUAUUCAGACGUAUAUUCCAGAAAUUAUACCUGCUGAUGAUUAAACGGACGGGAUCUCAGAAUGUUAAAUCAUUUGGAGGAGGAGAAAGCGAUGGUGAUGAUAAAAAGGUAUGUUUGAUGAAGAUGGUCGAAUAUACACUAGGAUUACACUAGUAGGAAUACUUGGUCGAUUAUGUACUACUCACACUAGGAUCUUGAAAGUUGAAAGACUCCCAGCCAUCUCUGGGUGGAACCGGGACGUUGGGACCUAAGGUCUAAGGUCCCAAGGGCCGUUGGCAAGUACCCCAGGGGGUGUGGGAUCUGAAGAGCGUUGUGUUUUGGGGAAGGGGGGAACCCGUGGAGGCGUCCCCAGUAAGGAGGCAAGACCACGCUCGUGCGCACUGCGGAGAGAGGUAGUCAACUGGGGUUGGGAUAGGGGGGUCUAACUUCAAGGGGGGAAUGAUGUUGGAGAGCCUCGAUGACUGACCUCCCUUUUCCUGGCCGUCCCAUGGAGCCCGAGCCCGGGGCCAUGCCUCACUUGUUGAGGUGUUAGUUCUGGUUUAAGUACGCAGGGCUCCCUGCCAUCCGAUCUGAUAAUUCCACGGCGACGAUGUGACCACGUUGAAAAAUACACGAAAUAUAACCUGAACCCCUGCUAGCGGGACAUGGCCCCUGCCGGUAUCUCUAUGGGAAGGUGGUGGUUGUAAAAAAAAAGACAAAAGAAAAAAGGUACGUAUGUCAUUAAAAACAAUAGUAAAAGAAAAAGAUGGUU